AUGAAUUUUCUUUUAGCAAAACUUGAUGCUUAUGUUAUGUAUACUUGGAAAGCUAUUAACUUAAGUUUAACAACAUCUUAUGGGAAUAAUUUAAUUCAUUUCAUCUUUUUAUCUGCCGUUUUGGUUGCCUUGUAUGAAAAGAAUGAGAAGCCAUCCUCAGCCCUUGAGCAAGUUUCAGAAAAAAUUAGGGGUCCAACUGCUUCUGAAUAUGAAAAGCUAAAAGCUGAGAUAUCAGAUUUGCAAGCAAAGUAUAAUGAGGUCUUGGGCAAGCAUGAAGUGACCUGCAAAGGCGUUUGAUUUGAUUUAUUUGAGUAAGGUCUGUAUGGUAGCAUCUUCAACUAAAUAGGUGAAAUGUUAUUGAGUUUGAUUUUUUUUUUUAAAUAUAUGGUUUUAGCAGGUCUUAGCAUAAAAGUAGUUCAAAAAAGAAAUGCUAUUAUGUCCAUUAUCACAGCAAAAUGUACCCAGCUCCAUAACAAGAAUAACAAGGAGAUAAUUAAAUUAUAAAACACUUGCGGAACAUAAAACAAGAAAAUCAUAAUGCCAAAUAGCAACUAGAAUCUGUAAGCCCUAUGAAAUUUAAUAUAUUAAACAAAAAAUUCUCGAA